AUGUUCCGCAACAGCACGUACGAUAGUGAUAACACGGUGUUCUCGCCGCAGGGCCGACUCCACCAGGUCGAGUACGCUCUGGAGGCGGUGAAGCAAGGCGCCGCGGUCGUCGGCCUGCGCAGCAAGACGCACGCGGUGCUUGUCGCACUGAAGCGUGCGCCUUCUGAGCUUGCAGACUACCAGCGCAAGAUGCUUAAGAUUGACCAGCACAUUGGCGUGGGCUUUGCGGGCCUGACCAGCGAUGCGCGCGUGCUGAGCAACUAUAUGCGCCAACUCGCGCUCAGCUCGCGGCUCACAUACGCGCGAGCGCUCCCUAUCUCGCGACUGAUGAGCGCACUUGCCGAUCGUGCACAGCUGAAUACGAUGCAGUACGGCAAGCGACCGUACGGUGUAGGCUUCCUUGUGAUGGGCGUCGACGACACAGGCCCGCACCUGUACGAAUUCAACCCGACCGGCAACUGCUUCGAGUACUAUGCAAUGAGUCUUGGUGCACGAAGUCAGAGCGCAAAGACCUACUUGGAGCGCCACUAUGACGCGUUUCCCGAUGCGGACCGCGACGAGCUGAUUCUGCAUGGUCUGCGUGCGUUGCGCGAGACCGUGCCGCAAGGCAAGGCGCUCGAGAUUGCCGCAGUGUCUGUCGCGACUGUUGGGCCCGGUGCAGACGCGGACCUCGAGUCCUCUGCCGUGCGUUCCGGCCAAAAGUACACCUUGACCGAGGGCGAUGCACUGCAGACAUGGUUUGAGCGCUUGGGUCCCACAGAACGCGAGCAGGCUGCAUCUGCGCGUGCCGCAGCGGGCGAUGCACAGGGCGCAGAUGCACCAAGCGACGCGAACGAGCCUCCGGAGCAGCCCAUGGACGAGCAGUAG